UUCUGGACCACAAACCGAGAACCGCAGUUGGCUGAUAUAGAUCUCCUAGUUUGGGUUUUCUUGCUCUUGUUGUUGGACUCCUUCAGACGUGGAGACUCAACAGUCUGAGGGAAUGGAGGACUCCAAAACCAAAGAAGGUGCUGCUGUGGAUGCAGAGCUGGCCAAAGCCAUAAUGGCUCGGCGCUUCAGCCCAUCUCUCAUCGGCACGGAGGCCUGGGAGGGAUACAUCUUCUCUGAUAUGGAGAUCCGCAUCAAAGAGUCCACAGACCUCUAUGGGGCUGUACUCUGGCCUUCAGCAAUUGUGCUGUGUCAUUUCUUAGAGACCAACCGAGACGAAUACAACCUGACUGACAAAAAUGUGAUUGAACUGGGAGCUGGAACUGGACUCGUCACCAUUGUAUCCAGCCUGUUAGGGGCUAAGGUGACAUCCACUGACCUCCCAGAUGUGUUGGGGAACCUGCAGUACAAUGUGAUGCGCAACACCAAGGACCGAUGCAAGUACAUCCCUCUGGUCACUGAGCUGGUCUGGGGUCAGGAGGUGCAUCAGCGUUUCCCACGUGCCACUCAUUGUUUCGACUACAUACUGGCAGCUGACGUGGUGUACGCUCACCCUUACCUGCAAGAGCUGAUGGACACCUUUGACCACCUGUGCCAGGAAAACACUCAGAUCCUUUGGGCAAUGCGUUUCCGCCUCGACCCAGAGAACAGCUUUGUGGAUCGCUUCAGGCAGCGUUUCCACGUGGAGGAGCUGUAUAACCUCCCCAGUCUGAGUAUCAAACUGUACCGAGCCUGGAGGAAGGACAAGAGGACUAAAGAGCAAAGAGAGGCUGCUGCCUGAACCACUUAAAAUACUGAGAACUCUGUAUAUUUGUUGUGUGUGAGUGUCUGUGACUGGUCAAAUAUGUAAAAGACUCAAGAAUCACCACUGUAGAGUCAUAUUCAGUGAUUUUUUUUCUAGCUGGAUGUCAUCCAUCAACAACAUGCUCACUUGAUCUCUUG